AUGAAUCAUUUGCCGUUCCUGCCUCCAAGACUGGAUUCUGUUGACAUGCAGUCUUCUAGAAUUCCAGGUCGAAAAAGAGGAAGACCUCCGCUCCAUUCCAGCCCUAUGAAAAUGGCAGUUCAUAAUCUUUACUCUUCAUCUCCCGGUUCUCUGCCAGCUGUGAAAAUCCCCAAGAAGCGAGGGCGAAAACCAGGAUAUAAGCUGAAAUCUCGUGUUCUAAUGACUCCUUUAGCAAUCUCCCCACCAAGAAGCACCCCAGAACCUGACAUCAGUUCAAUCCCCCAGGAUGCGGCUACAAUCCCCAACUCGGCAGCACCGCAAGCCCUCACAGUCUGCCUUUAUGUCAACAAGCAAGCGAAUGUGGGGCCGUACCUUGAGCGAAAGAGAGUACAGCAACUCCCAGAUCAUUUUGGACCUGAACGACCUUCCAUAGUGCUACAGCAGACAGUUCAGGCAUGCAUUGAUUGUGCCCACCAGCAAAAGACUGUCUUCUCGCUUGUCAAGCAGGGCUAUGGCGCUGAAAUGGUGUCAGUUUCUGCCUCUUUUGAAGGAAAACAGCACCUCUUGAGUCUCCCAGUUGUGAACAGUAUUGGUUACGUUUUGCGAUUCCUCAAAAAGCUUUGCCGUAACUUAUUAUGUGACAAUCUUUUUAGCAAUCAGCCUUUUCCACAAUAUAACACUUCUGAAAACCCAGAAGGGUAUGAAAAUGGACAGAUGGAAUCAGAAACAGUUAUACCUGAAGAUUAUCUGGUUGAUCCACUGGCUACAAAGCAUUACAGCAUCGAUCCCUCGGAUUCAGCAUUUAAUUGCAUGGGAUCAUUGUACUCUAUGAGACAGAGUUCUGGAGAGGGACGGCACGGUGGAGGGUCCUCUUCCUCCUGCAGUCAUCGCUCUGCUCAAGUGGCUUCGGGAGGCCCAUCAACCGCUACCCUGAGGCAUCAAACAUCAAGCCCAACCAGAAACGGAACCAUUCUGGAAGGAAACAGAAAUGCCUCCAGUCCAUCUCCAGAAAGACAGGAUGCCACAAGACCCACAAGCAAAAAUCCUUUGACCUGGACUGUUGAUGAUGUGGUAUGGUUUGUUAAAGAUGCGGAUCCUCAUGCUUUAGGACCUCACGUGGAACUCUUCAGGAAACACGAGAUUGAUGGCAAUGCUCUCUUGCUACUGAAAAGCGACAUGAUCAUGAAAUAUUUGGGUCUGAAGCUGGGACCGGCACUCAAACUCUGUUAUCACAUCGAUAAAUUGAAACAAGCCAAGUUCUGA